AUGCAACGAAAAGUGUCCAUCAUCGGCGCCGGCCCGUCUGGUUUCGCCCUUGCGGCUGAUGUCCAAAACCGCGGCAUGGAUGUGCUGGUCUAUUCCCACCCGGACCACCUUCGAUAUGCCAGCGAGGUCAUGGACAAGGGUCAACUGACGGUUCGUGGAAGGGUUACAAGUUCCACGCCUGUCCGUAUCACCUUUGCCAUGGCCGAGGUGAUUGAAUUCUCGACAAUCAUCGUCCUCACCGUCCCGUCUACCGGACACGAGACGGUGCUGCAGCAACUGAGAGGAUUUGCUCUGCAGCAACACACCAUCAUUGCCAUACCAGGCAACCUGUUCUCGCUCAUCGCUGACAUGGAGAUUGGAUGCGUCCUCGAGACCAACCUGUCCCCGUAUUCCUGCCGAAUGGAGAAAAAUGUAGUCGUGGUGAUGGGUAAGAAGGACCUCAUCUUCAUUGCGGCACUCGGUGGCCUUCCAAGUCGCGCAGUACGCGACGCGAUACAACAGGUUGUGCUGGUCAAACUCUGCUGGUGCAGCAGUGUCAUUGAAGUCUGCCUGUUGAAUGUCAACGGCGUGUUCCAUCCACUCAUGAUGUUGAUGAAUGCGGGCCGCAUCGAAAGCACCAAUGGCGACUUCCUCCUCUAUCGAGAUGGCCUGACCGGCUCCGUGGCCAAGGCCAUCGUUGCGGUCGAUCAAGUGCGGAUGGAGAUAGGCAGAGCAUUCGGCCACAGCCUCAAGAGUGCCUUGGCGAUUUCCAAUGAGUGCUACGGUCACAACUUUACCGAUCUAGUCGAUCUGGCAAGGAAUUCGGGCCCCCACAACAGAUUGAAGGCUCCGUCGGAUCUUCAAAACCGAAACCUCUCCGAGGAUGUUCCCGACUUGCUUGUCUGCUGGCACAGUCUGGCCGAGAAGCUUGGAAUAGAUGCAUCUCCCAUCACGGCCAUCAUCGUCCUCGCCCGGAUGGCUACUGGUGUAGAUUAUUUCCUGUCUGGGAGAAGUCUACAAAGGCUUCAUCUGGAAGACGUGUCGCGGAGUGAGCUGAUUGGGAGAUUUACGGUUCAACGAGACCCCAUGUUUGUCAGUCAGUUGUAG